CCAUCGAUGCUAAGAGUGUUAUGAUUUAGUGCAGAAAAUUUUAUAUUGUUUUUUGUUCGACCAACAAAAAAUAUGAAUACAAAAGAAAAAGAAAAGUAUAUCGAAGAAUUUGAUUUUCCUCAUUGCGAUGAAUCUUCUAAAUAUGAAAAAGUUGCGAAAAUUGGCCAGGGUACCUUCGGAGAGGUAUUCAAAGCGAGGGAUAAGAAAACUAAUAAAAAAUUCGUAGCUAUGAAAAAAGUUUUGAUGGAUAACGAGAAAGAAGGGUUUCCUAUAACUGCACUAAGAGAAAUAAGAAUAUUACAGUUAUUGAAACAUGAAAAUGUAGUUAAUCUUAUAGAAAUUUGUAGAACAAGAGGAACUUUUGCAGCAACACAGUACAAUCGAUACCGCUCUACUUUCUACCUUGUAUUUGAUUUUUGUGAACAUGAUCUAGCUGGUUUGUUAUCUAAUGUAAAUGUUAAAUUUAGUUUAGGAGAAAUUAAGAAGGUCAUGCAACAAUUGUUAAAUGGCCUCUAUUAUAUUCACAGUAAUAAGAUUUUACAUAGAGAUAUGAAGGCUGCUAAUGUUUUAAUUACAAAAAACGGUAUACUAAAACUUGCUGAUUUUGGUUUAGCAAGAGCAUUUAGUGCUAAUAAGAAUGGUCAACCAAAUCGUUACACAAAUAGAGUUGUUACUCUUUGGUACAGGCCUCCAGAAUUACUGUUAGGAGAUAGAAAUUACGGCCCACCAGUAGACUUAUGGGGUGCAGGAUGUAUAAUGGCUGAAAUGUGGACAAGAUCGCCUAUAAUGCAAGGUAAUACGGAACAACAACAGUUAAUAUUAAUUUCACAAUUGUGUGGCUCUAUAACGACAGAAGUUUGGCCAGGAGUAGAACGUUUAGAAUUAUUUAACAAAAUGGAUCUUCCUAAGGGUCAGAAGAGAAAGGUUAAAGAUAGACUAAAACCAUAUUUAAAAGAUCCCUACGCUUGUGACUUAUUGGAUAAACUUCUUAUUCUUGAUCCUAGUAAAAGAUAUGAUUCUGAUUCUGCAUUAAAUCACGACUUCUUCUGGACAGAUCCAAUGCCUUGUGAUCUAAGUAAAAUGUUAGCCCAACAUACGCAGAGUAUGUUCGAAUACUUAGCACCACCAAGAAGACCAGGUCAUAUGCGACAUCCUCAUCAUCAAGUGCCAGGUGGUCCAGCAAAACCUAGUUCAAGUAUGGCCGAUAGUGGAUAUCAAGAUCGAGUUUUCUAAAUAAAUUAAUAGGAGCAGCAUGUGUAAUAAUGAAUGCGUCCCAUAGCAUUUUUAUUUUUUAGUCCUUUUUAUAAGAAUAUAAUAUAUUCAAUAUUA